UGCUCUCCUCUCCUCACUUGAGCUCUGAUCGCGAGCCUCAGUAACUUUCUACAGCGAGAGGGAUGCAGCGCGCGCUCAGCGCAGCCUGAAAAUGGCAACCCUUUGGAUUUAUCCGUCCCUUCUAUUCUUUGUUUUCCCCUCCCUCACACCGAGUCAAGCCUUACGGAAUUACCCAGAGAAUGAAGUUACAUUGCUGGACACUAUGUCUGCUCUGGGAGACCUUGGCUGGGAGGCCUAUCCAGCUGAAGGGUGGGAGGAAAUCAGUGUGAUGGAUGAGAGGAACACCCCCAUGCGCUCCUACCAGGUGUGUAAUGUGAUGGAGGCUAAUCAGAACAACUGGCUACGCACUCGCCACAUCCCACGAGAUGGAGCGCAGCGCGUCUACAUCGAGAUUAAGUUCACCCUGCGUGACUGCAACAGUCUGCCUGGAGUCCCUGGCACCUGCAAAGAAACUUUCAAUAUGUACUACUACGAGUCCAACAACCCCAACCUGUGGUUUAUCAAAGAAAGCCAGUACAUAAAGAUCGACACUAUCGCGGCCGAUGAGAGCUUCACGCAGACCGACGUGGGUGAUCGCGUUAUGAAACUAAACACAGAAGUGAGGGACAUCAGUAACUUGAGCAAGAAGGGUUUCUACUUGGCUUUCCAAGAUGUUGGAGCCUGCAUCGCUUUGGUGUCCCUGAGGGUCUUCUAUAAGAAGUGUCCUCUUGCCAUUCUGAACUUGGCCCAGUUUCCCGACACGGUGACUGGGGGAGAUUCGGCUUUGGUGGAGGUUAGGGGAUCUUGUGUGAAUGACUCGGAGGAGUUUGAGGCGCCGAGGAUGGUCUGCAGUGGAGAUGGUGGAUGGCUGGUGCCCAUUGGACGCUGUGUCUGCAAGCCAGGCUUUGAGGAAAACAAGGACUACUGUCAGCCCUGCAUGCCAGGCACCUACAAGGCCUCUUCCAUGGAUGCCUACUGCACCAAGUGUCCUCCUCACAGUUUCUCCCAUCAGGAGAAAGCCUCCGAGUGCUCCUGCGAGAAGGGAUUUUACAGAGCUGAUAUGGACCCGCGGUCAAUGGCCUGUACCCAGCCUCCGUCUGCAGCCGAGAACACCAUCUCCACCCUGAAUGACACCUCUGUGACUUUAGAGUGGAGUCCUCCCAGAGACAGCGGCGGCCGAGGGGACGUCACCUACAACGUCCACUGCAGGAAGUGCGCCAACGACGGCAAAACGUGCAGCCCCUGCAGCAACAGCGUCCAUUUUGUACCUAGACAGCUUGGUCUCUCGAUCCCUAAAGUGUUGAUCACGGACCUGCUGUCCAACACCAACUACACCUUCAGCAUAGAGGCAGUGAACGGAGUGUCCGAUCUGAGCCCAAACCCUAAACAACAAGUCACUGUCAACAUCACCACCAGUCAGACAGUGAAUGUGAUCCUGAAGGAGAGAAAGAGUAAAGACAGCAUCACACUGGCCUGGCAGGGACCCGACAGACCAAACGGAGUCAUAGUGGAAUAUGAAGUCAUCUACUAUGAGAAGAACCAAAGAGACCAGAACUACACGGUUCUGAAGACCAAAGCCCACACAAUGACAGUGGAGGGGCUGAAGCCGGGCACCACCUAUGUGUUCAGAGUGAGGGCGCGCACUGACGGAAGCUACGGCAACUACGGUGGAGAGAUAGAGCUGGAGACCAGUCAUGAGGAUAUGCUGGCCAUUGGGGACCCUAACCAGUCCACAAUCCUUGCGGUGUCCAUAGCCGGUGGCAUUGUGCUCCUUAUCUUCCUGGUGGUGUGUUUUGUAGUGAGUGGACGACAUUGUGGCUACAUUAAAGCGAAGCAAGAUCCAGAUGAAGAAAAAAUGCAGUUUCAGAAUGGGAGAGUGAAACUUCCAGGAAGCAGGACGUAUAUUCACCCCCACACUUACGAGGACCCAAAUCAAGCCAUCCGAGAUUUUGCCAAGGAAAUUGAUGCCUCCACUAUACGUAUAGAGAGAGUUAUAGGUGCAGGUGAGUUUGGUGAGGUUUGCAGUGGCCGUCUGAAGCUCCCCAGCAAGAGAGAAAUAUACGUGGCCAUCAAAAGUCUGAAAGCAGGAUACUCAGAGAAGCAGAGGCGGGACUUCCUGAGCGAGGCCAGCAUCAUGGGCCAAUUCGACCACCCCAACAUUAUCAGACUGGAGGGAGUCGUUACCAGAUGCAAGCCCGUGAUGAUUAUUACAGAGUACAUGGAGAAUGGAUCGUUGGAUACUUUCCUGAAGAAACACGAUGGGCAGUUCACUGUCAUUCAGCUGGUGGGCAUGAUGCGUGGAAUCGCUUCGGGAAUGAAAUAUCUGUCUGACAUGAGCUACGUCCACCGUGACCUGGCGGCACGCAACAUCCUGGUGAACAGCAACCUGGUGUGCAAAGUGUCUGACUUUGGCCUGUCCAGAGUGCUAGAGGACGACCCUGAAGCGGCAUACACCACACGGGGCGGAAAGAUUCCCAUUCGAUGGACGGCCCCUGAGGCUAUAGCGUACAGGAAGUUCACCUCAGCAAGCGACAUUUGGAGUUACGGCAUCGUAAUGUGGGAGGUGAUCUCAUAUGGAGAGCGGCCUUAUUGGGAGAUGUCUAAUCAAGACGUGAUUAAAGCUAUAGAUGAGGGUUACAGGCUGCCCGCUCCGAUGGACUGUCCUGUUGUCCUCCACCAGCUGAUGCUGGACUGCUGGGAGAAGAGCAGAAGUGAACGGCCCAAAUUCGGGCAGAUCGUCAACACUCUUGACAAACUGAUCCGUAACCCCAACAGUCUGAAAGAGCUCGCCAACAGCUCAGUCUGGGAAGACCCCACCACCCCAGAGUUCAGUGUGAGUACGGUGGAUGAAUGGCUGGACGCUAUCAAUAUGGGCCAGUACAAAGACAACUUUGCCAGCACAGGCUACGUUUCUCUAGAUUCCAUACUGUACAUCAGCAUGUGUGAGUUAAGCAAGAUGGGUGUGACUCUGGUCGGGCACCAAAAGAAGAUUCUCUCGGCCGUCCAGAGUUUGCACGCACAGGGGACACACGUGCAAGUAUAACAAGCCUUCAAGAGCGUACAGACUGAGAGAGUUACCAACUGCUCCCACCACAGUCCCUAUCAGCAGCUUCACCGUACACUUCUCACCCUGGAUGUUUCUGCAAACGACCCUUUUGUCAGCACUCUGGCUUCCAUCCAUGCACGUCCGAGCUUCCUACAGCCAGAGGAACACACCGAGACCGAUCUACAAUCGCUUGACAAGGCCACGGCAAAUCAGAUAUGAAGUAUGGUUAUUAAACAAAAAAGGAACAAAAACACAUUAGGGAGAAUUCACAGCUUGUGUUUUACAGUUUCAGCAUUUGCAUUUAAUAUUUGACGUUUUGCAUAUCAGAGGUCGGACUGUUGUUGUUUUGUUUUUCCUCAAAUCCAUGUUUGGGAUAUCAGUCUGUCCUUCUACAUCACUUAUAAGCCACAGUAAAAUAUCAGAAGAUGUUUCUAGUAUAUUUAUUUUGUCAUAAUUGAGCAUUUGAGCACAGAUGGAUUCAAGUCCCAGAAUUCAGACGAAAAGGCGACAGAGGUUUGCGUUCCACAAGCAAAGAUGGCCGGAAAGCAUCUGCGACGACGAAGACGAAGGCCGUGCCUUGCACAGGACGACGAGACAAGCUGAGAAAUAAUUGCUCGUCACUCAUCGCCGUGUUGCAAGCAUUUGAAUAAGAAUCCGUUUGACUUCUCAAACACACUUCCAGAAAAUAGAAAUGUCAUUUCUGUCCAUUCGCUGGCACAGAUAUGCCAACAUGUUGUACCACUGCAAAGUUUGUGCACGUCAGAUCAAGCAAAGAUGACUUCGAAAGGUCAUUUUCGUCAUUACGAAGUUCGCAUCGUCUUUACGUUUACACUCGUAGUGCGUGACGACUAUUGUACUAUAGUGUAUAAAAUGUACAGUGUUGAUUUGAAAAAAAGAAGACAAAAACGAAAAACUAGAAUGUUUGUAAUGAUGUACCUUUAUUUAGUAUGAAGAGGAGGAAGUGGCCGUUAUCACCGUCGUUUGCCGAUGUGCGAUAAUAACUCAUCUCUGGAAUGUAGCAUGGAUCCUAAGCUUCAUCUUUGAUUGACCGGUGACAGUGACUGCAGUUUUUUCACUCAAGUGGUGCCCUUAGCUGCUUGACUUUAGAUGCCUUAUUAACUGUGCAGUUCUCUCUCUUUUUCUCAUCCUCCCCUUAGAAACGAUAUCAUGAAGUUUAAUGUAUAUAGUAUUUAUCAUUGCGUCACUGAGAAGCUGGAGCUCGAUGUAAAAGCCAGGCUCGACGUGUUGUUUUAGUCUGCUGUUUGUGGAAACGCAUUCGAUCCGUGUGGAACAGGGACGGAGACUCUAUUGGGGCGAACUAAAUUCCUCAUGCUAACUUUACCGAGACUGAUUUGCUGCACUGUAUAUUUUUGUACUAGUGAGGUUGUUCUGUAAAGUAGAAGUCUACCUGUUUUAUUUAAAUAUAUAUGAGACAUAAAUACAGGAACAGAUGGUAAUGAGAGAUAAUCAUACUUCAAAUCAUGAUUCCCUGACGUCAUUUCACAUUUUGAUUUCUUUUAUGUCAUUGAUUGUUUCGAUGCUUCAGCACAACGCUGUAACUAAUCGCAAAAACUUGCUUGGAAUCUGUAGGGGUUUUUCUUCCACAUUCUGGAGAAUUUUGCUGAAAGGAUUUGAAUAUGCUAAAAUAUCUUUAUUCAAAGCUCAUUGAAAAUGGAAAAAUAAAUAAAUAAAAUGUCAGAAUUCUGUAGCCGCAGAUUCCGUGUGGGUUUAACUAAGCACACAUAACCACUCUUCCUUUUGUCAAUUUUUAAGGAAAAGCCAUCAUCUUCUGUUAUUAGAAUAUGUAUAACUGGAUACUUUUCAUAAAAGGUGAAAAUCCUGAAAAUGACAUCUCGAACCAUGUUUAAAAUGGUCACAUAUUUAGUUCCUCAAAUUAAAAUGGCAUAAACAACAAUACAUUAAAACAAUACAUAGUUUUUUUUUUCCCAUGCAUAUUUUACCGAGGGAGAGGAAAAACACUUCCUUAAACAAGUGAUUAUGCAUUUAGAUGAAUUCAUUUGUUCUAUCCUGCGAUUGUUAAUGAACCUUAUACACUAAAUCUGAGAUUUCAAUAUGUAAAGUAAUUCCAGAAGGCCAGAAACUCAUCCAUUUUUAUGCUCAUUUUCCAAUCCAAAAUUAAAUCUAUUCAACUCUGUCUAGGGAGGCAAUAUGCUGAUGUGGCAAAAUUGGCUGCAGAAAAUUGCAUUGAAAUAAUAAAAACAUGAUGAUGAUGAUGAUGAUAGUGGCGAUAUUAAUGACCAUUAAUAAAACAUAAGCUCCAGUUUUUACUACUGCAACAUAAAACUUCCAGUUUUGCAAAUACAGCUAAGUAAAGAAUUCUAUCUAUAUAUCUGCUCACCAAAUAAAUCAAAGCAGGUGGUUGUGUGACUAAACAGUGUUAGUGGCAGGAUGUGGAAUGUUGUUAAUAUGAUAGAAGGUGAUAGAUGAAUCUUGCUUAUAAAUUAUCUAUCGAGUCGUUGUCUUUUGUUCUGCCCCGGCUCUGUACAUGUGUUUGGACUGAUCCUUUGUGAAUGAUCUCUGUUCUUUUGUAAGCUAUGUGCCCAUCUCUCCACACACUGCAGGUCUCUAUGAGCUCGCAAAAAAGGGUGUACGCAUUGACAUUCUUCAUGUCGCUGUAAUAAAUGCUAAUAUUUUUAAUUUCUCA